AUGGCCAACAAAAAGCAUGUCCCCAAAAGUCAGACAUACAAGUUCUCCGUAAAGUUACCGGUAUCUAGAGCAUGCCCACAGUUACCAAAGAUGGGAGAAAGUGAUGAAACUGCUCUUAAUGUUAAUAUAUUUCCGACCAAUCCUUUACCAAAUAUCCCACCAGCCCCGGAUGAAUUGACUGAGUUAAUUCAAAAAUACAAGAUUACAAACCCUAAAACCCAGGGGUCUGACGAUGGCUUGAAAACAGGAGUUUCCCCCAAGAAAAAGAAAUUGAAUGCAUUUAUGGCCUUCAGAUCGUACUAUACAAAAUUUAUCUGUAAUGCUACAUCUCAGAGAGAGCUAUCGAUACGUUUAGCUGGCCUUUGGAAGACUUACAAACACCAGAAAGUAUGGCAAAGGUACUGUGCCCAGUAUAAUUCAACAGAUCGCAUUGAAUCAUUUUUUGAUUGGUUGCAAAGAAAAACCUUUUUGGAUAUUAAAUCACCAAACAAGGAAACCAUAGUUCACCGGAAUAACGACUGGGCGUUUAGUUCUCAAAGAACUUGCUUGGUCGAAGAUGUAUACUAUGAUAUCCCGCAACGCAACAUCCAAUUCAAGCCAGUAUCAGAAUCAUUCCUUUCUUCUGAUGUUGAACCGUUCGCAGAAACUCCCGACAGUCUCUUAAAUUGGGAUAUAGAGAAUUUCCAACUUCCAAUUUGCGAUUUAGACAUAGAAAGUAGUUUUCUUGAAACAUUGUUUGAAAAUCCAGGCUCCUUAGAAAAUCCUAUAUUUAACCACCUAAACAUUGAUAAUAGCAUUGUGCCAUAUUACAACACUUACAUCACCAAUUCUAGCACUAGCACUGAUCUUUUCGUGGACACACACACAAAUAGUCUAUUCGAAUUCAUCCCUGAUCCAACAAUCUACAAAGCAUAA